AUGAAGAAGAACCGCAGCAGCAAUCUGCGGCGGGCCUGGCCCAGCUCGGAGCAUACCGAGCGCCCGCCUGAGCACAAUCUCUCCCGUAGUGAGAAAGACAUCCGUGUGCAGAAGCAGCAUCUUCCUCCCCCUCCAGCUCCUCAUUUCUCUCCGUCCCCACCAAGUUAUCGUGCACCAGGUGACGUGUCUCCGAUCAGCAUGUCACCUAUCAGCCAGUCACAGUUCAUCCCGCUGGGGGAGAUCUUGUGCCUGGCCAUCUCUGCUAUGAACUCUGCCCACAAGCCGGUCAACCAGGAGGCUCUGGUGGAGCACCUCACUGCCAGCUUCCCAGGCGUGCCUACACCCAGCUCAGAGGUUCUGCGACAUACCCUGAACAUGCUGGUGCGAGAGAGGAAGAUCUACCCAACUCCAGAGGGCUACUUCAUUGUCACCCCACAGACCUACUUUAUCACUCCUUCCCUCAUCAGAACCAACAACAAGUGGUAUCACCUGGAUGACCGGCUGCAAGAGCGCCAAACGCAACAGUCACAGCAGCAACAACAACAACAACAACAACAACAACAGCAACAGCAAACUCAGCAAUGCACUUCGCCUCAGUCUGGCAACGUAACACCAUCUACACCUGGCUGCCUGAGAGAGAGGCCUCCUCGCAAGAAUCACAAUGACUCAUACAACUCCUAUCGCGAAGACUCGUCCAGACUUCACAGUAGUAAGUCACCAAAGGAGCACAGGGGAGAUUCUUAUCAAAGUAAGCCCGCCAAGGAUCACAAUGGCGGGGAACCUCCACCAAGCACGUCAGCCAAGGAGCACCGAGGAGAACCUCCGUCAUACCCUUAUUCCCCUCUUCCCACUUCCCCUCCUGCCCAGCAACCGCCACCUAAAGAGCCCGUUGAGAAGAGCAAAAGCAUCACUUCUUUCCCUUAUAAAAGUGACACUCUGACCAAAAAGAAAGAAGGAAGUGGUGGCGGUGGAAGCGGCGAGAAGCAAUCCAAAAGGUUCGGCCUCAGGCUCUUCAGGCUGAGUUUCAAGAAGGACAAAAUGAGGCAGCUGGCCACCUUCUCAGCCCAGUUCCCCCCAGAGGAGUGGCCUCUUCGUGACGAGGAGGUGCCGACCCCGCCCAUUCCCCCCCAGGUGGAGAUGGAGAUAAUCCGCCGAAUCAACCCUGACCUAACGGUGGAGAAUGUGGCAAGGCACACGGCUGUGAUGAAGAGGCUGGAGGAGGAGCGUACGCAGAAGAACAAGGCAGGGUCCUCAGCCCAGCACAGUGCACGGAGCAGGAGGGGGAGGGGCCAUCGGAGGGCCCUACACGGGAAGUCCCGCUCACACAGCAAGCCCCGAACUUCCAGGGGAGACCCGUCCGAGGGUUCAAACUGGGACCUUUUGUUCAUGGAAAGGGAUUACCGCUUCUUUAGCCACUCGUUAGUUCGCUCGCCUCGGGAGGCCAUGUACACCUUGGAGCGCAGACGAAGUGGAGGCGCGACAUACCUGGUCCAUAGCAACCCCAACAUCACUGAAUCAAACUGCCCGGUUACUCCCGAGUGGGACGUGUCUGGGGAGCUCGCCAAGAGACGGACGGAGAUGCCCUUCCCAGAGCCGUCGCGCGGGACGUGCCAGUCCAGGGUGCAAAGAAGUCACAGUCACAAUCAGGACAGGAAGUCGCGUCACGACAGGUCAGAUCAAGCGAAGGAACGCUCUCGGUCCAUGGACAACUCCCUCAAGGGCCCGUCACUGGGGGUGCCUGAAGACUUUGAACCCACUCUGGAGGAGCGUAGUCAUUACUACACUGAUGACGGCACCCUGCGCGCCACGCAGAAGUCCUCCCACUACUCAAGGAUCAUGUUCUCCGCUGCUAAGUUCCACUCUGAUUUUAAUGUGCCUGAUUUGGGGAAAGGGAGUUUGGACGAGUCAAGGAUCCGGAGUACGAUGGAGAGGAACAAAAGCAGAGACAGUUUGCCAUCGUACAAUGAGCUAAUGGGACUUUCUCCUAAGCCCUCAGCAGAUGAGUACUUCCAGUGCAAUACGUCAAAUGAAACAAUCCUAACUGCCCCUUCGCCUCAGGCAAAAUCAGAAUAUGACACAUUAACCUCAUCAGGGGGACUCCGAAAGGGCUCUCCGGCUGACCGCCAAACGCCUCACCUCACCUCUCCUCACACGAUGGAGUACAAAGAGGACCUGUCGGCCGUAAAGGGACAGAACGGCUCAGUGCGACUGACGCCAAGCCAGACGCCGGAGCCGGUGCAAAACGCCCGUUUGACGCCACACCAACACAAUGUAGAUCCGGGAGGGGGAGGAGGCACUAUGGUGCUCAAGAGGAAAGAGAUCUUCAGCAAGGACACUUUGUUCAAACCUCCACACAAUGCCUUGUCCACAGGCUACGUGGACAGCAGCUACACCAAGUCCGGCACAUUGCGGAAAGCCUCACAUGCCAAAUCAACAGAGGCCCUAGACAAUCCUGAGCCCCAGCAGCCUUCCAAUUCAGCCACUUCCUCAGCGUCACCGGCAGUUUUACAGGGCUGCUUAGAGCCAACAGUCCCCUCCGCCUCCUUUGACUAUUAUAAUGUAUCAGAUGAUGAGGAGGAGGAAGAGGCAGAGGAGGACUCGCACAAAGAGUUGGGAACCAUGCAGUGGUUACUGGAGCGGAAGAAGGACCAUGAUCUGCAGCGGAAACUGGAGACCAAUCUGACCUUACUCAGCCCCAAGGAGACGGAGAACAGCAGCAGCCAGAAGUCCGCCCACUCCGCCCGUUUGGACAGCAUGGACAGCAGCAGCGUCACGGUGGACAGUGGAUUCAACUCCCCCAGAACGCGUGAAAGCCUCGCGUCCAACACAUCCAGCAUCGUGGAAAGCAAUAGGCGGCAGAAUCCAGCGCUGAGCCCCGGCCACAUCGGCACGAGUAGUAUCGGACUGCCCUUCAGCUUUCGCGCCAUCCCAGAACCCCCCACCACACAGCCUGAGAAACUCCAGAAGUCAUCGAACUGCCUGGCCUCCAUCACCAGCGUCUGACGGGCAGCACA